AUGACAAGUGCAAAAGAUGCCCAAUUGAAUGUUUUGAAGGAAAAACUUGAGAAAGUGCAGGCAGAAAUCAAUGAACUAGCAGAAAGGUUCCAAGCAAUUCCAAGAGGUUUAUCUGAUGAAGAAAUCGGAGAAAGACUUUUAGAAGCCUUUUUAAAUGAUACACCUUUUGAUAGAUUCCAAUUUGGUCGUCAACCAGUUAAACUCGCAAUGAUAAAUGCUGCAUUUAACACAGGUGAUUUAGAAAUCGUCUCUACUUGCUUUGGAUUCGUUGAACAAAGCAUGACGCCAUCCGCAUUUUAUCGUAUGAUUGAUGGAAACGAAAGAUACAUGAAUAUUUACAAUAUGCUUCACAAAUCUAACAAUAUGUACAUUCGAAGAGAUAGAACUUUCUACAGACCAGAAAAUCUCGAUCAGCUCAGAAAAAUGGCUGAAGCUAUACCAAAAGGUAUUCUUAAAUAUGUUUUAAACGAUACAAUUGACGUCAUAUCAGGUCAAACACCCGAAAUCAAAUUUGAGGAAGUUGAUGUUAAAUGGGGUGACUUCAGAGAUGCAUGCCUUCGUCAAUCAUACUUCGAAAUUAAUCCGAAAACUCUUUGUUCUAAAAAUGGCUUCUUCUCCAAGAAAUGGAAGUCAGCAAUUGAUCCCUAUCAAGGUGCAAGAAUGGCUAUGCACUGGAAAUGCCCUCCUCAAGUUAUUCAAGGAUUUAUCAGUCAAAUAUCAGAUAAUAAGCAAAAAGCAUUCUUCAAUAAGUAA